CGCACUUCACGUGACUAUAUCCCGGUCUCAGAGCGAUAGAAUUCGAAGGUGAACUAACUAUUGUGUUUUGCAUUCAAUUUCAUGGACUAGUGGAUACACUCGAAGCUGAUUGAUAAUCUAAUAUGUCGUACAUUCGUUUGUUCCUGUUUCUUACUUUGGCGAUGGUCUCCAUAGUUGAGAUAAACGCUCUGUGUGGCCGCAAUGAGAGAUUUCAAAAGUGCGGCAGUGCCUGUCCACCCAGCUGCGCAAAUCCCGACCCAGGCCCCUGCGCUCAAAUUUGCAAACGCGGUUGUUUCUGCAGGUCAGGAUUCAUGAGGAACUCGAAGGGACAGUGUACUAAUACCUGCCCGUGAUUUAAAAAGUUCGAUAUCGGAUUUUUUAUGGUAAUCUCCAUUGUAAGAAGUCUAGAGAUCGUUUAAUCUACCGCAAUUUAAUAAUUUCGUAUUUUUUUUCUUAAUGUACCCCUGACUAACCAUUUCUAAUAUGAUUAAGGGAGUAGGUUAGUGUACUAUAUUCUAGCUUCGGUGAACUAUGACGCAUUUCAACUAAAAUUGCUGGCAUUCGGCAAGUGAAAUAUAUUUUUUUCAAUCACAUGCUUUCAACUGCAUUGAAAGAUUGAUUAAACUCAGAGAAAUUGUUUGUUUGAAUUAAAUUAGCUUUAUUUGAAUCAAAUAAAUGGGUUUAUACCAAAAGAA